AUGAUGUUACCGAGCCCCGUCACCUCCACCCCCUUCUCUGUCAAAGACAUCCUCAACCUGGAGCAGCAGCAGGACCCGCACUAUGGGGCCCAGCUCUCGCACCACCUGGAACACCACUUCCACCCCGCCGCUUGUCUGCUGGCGGCCGCCGACGGAGCCCGCUUCUCCGACGGCGAGGAAGAAGAGGAGGAGGAGAAGCUGUCGUACCUGAGCCCCAUGGCAGCGCCCGGCAGCCAGCCGGACGCGCGGAUCUCCGCUGACAACUACGUGCACGCUGUGCUGCGCGGCUCCUGUGAAGCCUCCAGUCCGGGAGAGGAGCUGGAUCCCUCGGCUCGCGACCCAAGUGAGUACCGUUGCGUCUUGAAGAAGCCGCUGGAUGCAGCGGAGAAGACGGAGGAGGCCGAGAGGCCGAAGCAGCGGAGCCGGAGGAAGCCGCGCGUCCUCUUCUCACAGGCGCAGGUCUUCGAGCUGGAGCGGCGGUUCAAGCAGCAGCGUUACCUGUCGGCGCCCGAGCGGGAGCACCUGGCCAGCAGCCUCAAGCUCACCUCCACGCAGGUGAAGAUCUGGUUCCAGAACCGGCGCUACAAGUGCAAGCGGCAGCGGCAGGACAAGUCGCUGGAGCUGGGCGGCCCGGCGGCCCCGCCACCGCCGCGCAGAGUGGCCGUGCCCGUGCUGGUCCGCGACGGCAAACCGUGCCUCGGCGGGUCGCAGGGCUACAGCUCGGCGUACAACGGGCCCUACUCCUACAACGGUUUCCCCGCCUAUGGCUACGGCAACGCAGCCUCCUACAACCCCGGCUACGGCUGCACCUACCCCGCGGGCACCGGCGGCGCCUCUAUGCAAGCCGCCUGCAGCCCGGCAGCGGCCGCCGGCCCUUUCGUGAACGUGGGCAGCCUAGGGGGCUUCGGCAGCGGCGGGCAGCCGCUGCACCAGGCGUCAGCGGGGCCCUCCUGCAGCCAGGGAACACUGCAGGGCAUCCGGGCCUGGUAG